GGAGGUGCGAGCGGUGCGCGCGCAGCGGGCCGGCAGUGGCGGUGGAGAUGGAGGAGGGCGGUCGAGACAAGGCGCCGGUGCAGCCCCAGCAGCCCCCAGUGACUGCCCCAGGCGGCGCAGACGAGAAGCCGGGCAGCAAAGAGCGGCGAGAUGCCGGGGACAAAGACAAAGAGCAGGAGCUGUCUGAGGAGGACAAACAACUUCAGGAUGAACUGGAGAUGCUCGUGGAACGACUGGGGGAGAAGGACACAUCCCUGUACCGACCAGCCCUGGAGGAACUGCGAAGGCAGAUUCGUUCUUCUACAACUUCCAUGACUUCAGUGCCCAAGCCUCUCAAAUUUCUGCGUCCACACUAUGGCAAGCUGAAGGAAAUCUAUGAGAACAUGGCCCCUGGAGAGAAUAAGCGUUUUGCUGCUGAUAUCAUCUCUGUUUUGGCCAUGACCAUGAGUGGGGAGCGUGAGUGCCUCAAGUAUCGACUAGUGGGCUCCCAAGAGGAAUUGGCCUCAUGGGGUCAUGAGUAUGUCAGGCAUCUAGCAGGAGAAGUGGCUAAAGAGUGGCAGGAGCUGGAUGAUGCAGAGAAGACACAGCGGGAGCCACUGCUGACCCUUGUGAAGGAGAUUGUCCCCUACAACAUGGCCCACAAUGCGGAGCAUGAGGCCUGUGACCUGCUCAUGGAAAUUGAGCAGGUGGAUAUGCUGGAGAAGGACAUUGACGAGAAUGCAUAUGCAAAGGUCUGCCUCUAUCUCACCAGGGUAGUGCAGAAGCAGAUGGCUUUCAUGCUAGGCCGGCAUGGGGUGUUUCUGGAGCUGAGUGAAGAUGUGGAGGAAUAUGAGGACCUGACAGAGAUCAUGUCCAAUGUGCAGCUCAACAGCAACUUCUUGGCGUUAGCUCGGGAGCUGGAUAUCAUGGAGCCCAAGGUGCCUGAUGACAUCUAUAAAACCCACCUAGAGAACAACAGGUUUGGGGGCAGUGGCUCUCAGGUGGACUCUGCCCGCAUGAACCUGGCCUCUUCUUUUGUGAACGGCUUUGUGAAUGCAGCCUUUGGCCAGGACAAGCUGCUGACUGAUGAUGGCAACAAAUGGCUGUAUAAGAACAAGGAUCAUGGAAUGUUGAGUGCAGCUGCAUCCCUUGGCAUGAUUCUGCUGUGGGACGUGGAUGGUGGCCUCACUCAGAUUGACAAGUACCUGUACUCCUCUGAGGAUUACAUCAAGUCAGGAGCCCUCCUGGCCUGUGGCAUCGUGAACUCGGGGGUCCGGAAUGAGUGUGACCCUGCUCUGGCACUGCUCUCAGACUAUGUUCUCCACAACAGCAACACUAUGAGACUUGGUUCCAUCUUUGGGCUAGGCUUGGCCUAUGCUGGCUCCAAUCGUGAAGAUGUUCUAACACUGUUGCUGCCUGUGAUGGGAGAUUCCAAGUCCAGUAUGGAGGUGGCAGGUGUGACAGCUCUCGCCUGUGGAAUGAUAGCAGUGGGAUCCUGCAAUGGAGAUGUCACUUCCACUAUCCUUCAGACCAUCAUGGAAAAGUCAGAGACUGAGCUCAAGGACACUUAUGCCCGUUGGCUUCCUCUUGGACUGGGCCUCAAUCACCUGGGGAAGGGAGAGGCCAUCGAGGCAAUCCUGGCUGCACUGGAGGUUGUGUCAGAGCCAUUCCGCAGUUUUGCAAACACACUGGUGGAUGUGUGUGCCUAUGCAGGCUCUGGGAAUGUACUGAAGGUGCAGCAGCUGCUCCACAUUUGUAGCGAACACUUUGACUCCAAGGAGAAGGAGGAAGACAAAGACAAGAAGGAAAAGAAAGACAAGGAUAAGAAGGAAGCCCCCGCCGACAUGGGAGCACAUCAGGGAGUGGCUGUGCUAGGGAUUGCCCUUAUUGCUAUGGGAGAGGAGAUUGGUGCAGAGAUGGCACUACGAACCUUUGGUCACCUGCUGAGAUAUGGGGAGCCCACACUCCGACGGGCUGUGCCUUUAGCAUUGGCCUUAAUCUCUGUUUCAAAUCCACGACUCAACAUCCUGGAUACCCUAAGCAAAUUCUCUCAUGAUGCUGACCCAGAAGUUUCCUAUAACUCCAUCUUUGCCAUGGGCAUGGUGGGCAGUGGUACCAACAAUGCCCGUCUGGCUGCGAUGCUGCGCCAGUUAGCGCAGUAUCAUGCCAAGGAUCCCAACAACCUCUUUAUGGUGCGCUUGGCACAGGGCUUGACACAUUUAGGGAAGGGCACACUCACCCUCUGCCCCUACCACAGUGACCGGCAGCUUAUGAGUCAAGUGGCCGUGGCUGGGCUGCUCACUGUGCUUGUCUCUUUCCUGGAUGUCCGCAACAUCAUCCUAGGCAAAUCACACUAUGUAUUAUAUGGGCUGGUGGCUGCCAUGCAGCCCCGAAUGCUGGUUACAUUUGAUGAGGAGCUGCAGCCGUUGCAAGUGUCUGUCCGUGUGGGCCAGGCAGUGGAUGUGGUGGGCCAGGCUGGCAAGCCUAAGACCAUCACAGGGUUCCAGACACACACUACCCCAGUGUUGCUGGCCCAUGGGGAGCGGGCAGAACUGGCCACUGAGGAGUAUCUUCCUGUCACCCCCAUUCUGGAAGGUUUUGUUAUCCUUCGGAAGAACCCCAACUAUGACCUCUAAGUGGCCACCGGGGGCUCUGAGUUGCAACUGAUAUAUCAGCGGGUUCUGGUUCCUUCUGUCAGGGGUGAACACUGUUCCAGACCUUUGGGGGAAUUGUAACCUCCUGUUCUUUUGUUACUGAGUGAGAUAACUGUUGAAUAAAGACCUUUAUCCCUGA